AUGCCAUCGGCGAACGCGCACUUCAGUUUGUCCGCCGGUUCAGCAGAGGAGACGAGGCGGUCCAUCGACUCGGACUGUCCCCUCUUCAACUGCUUCGGCGUGCUCAGUGGCGGUGUCAUCAUUGACCCCAUCGACGGGUCGUUUAUGGAGUUCACCGACGCGGCUGUGUACACACCUAGCACUGUCGCCGCGCAAGUCGACACCGGGAACGACACGCAGGACGACCUCGCACGUUGCACUCUGCAGCAGGCAAACGAGCACGCCUUUCGCACCGGCGCGACACAUCUGAUUCGGCCGGAGUGCCCGCUGAUACUGUGCACAUCGGAGCUGCCUCUGCCCCCCAGGUCCUCUGAUCGGCCGCUAAACCGCUUUAAGUGUCGCUCAAGUCCCCUCAGCGCCGCGGGAAGCACAGGGCCCACGGUCACAUCGGCGCGUCACGCAGCACAGAUGGGGAUGGAGAACGUCGAGAAGUGGCUGAACCAGUUGGCGCCGCAUCCGGGUCACAGACCACAGUCGCCGAGGCGGCAAGCGUGGACGACAGUGUGGGCGGAUGCCGAGGAGUUUCGACUUUCCAUGCGGGCACACAGCGACGUGCGCGCCAGCGAGGCGUCUCUCUAUUUGCCACCGCGCAUUCCCUUUCCACUGCGCUUCCGCGGCCAGCCAAUUUCGCUCAUCGAAGAAGGAGCGAAUGAAUCACCCGCCGCCAGCCAGCAGCAGCAGCCGGAUCGUGAGGCGAACAGCGCGACAGCGGUUCCACCGGACGGUGUGCGCUGCGCCGCCGCCUCCUUCACGUGCUACACAGGUGUUCCCCGUUUCGCCACAGCAACGGACACCGCGCCACGUUUCGACUCGGCGGAGUUCGCGAAGGGAACGGCAGUCGCCCGGCUGCGAAAGCGACUGCGCCCGUACUGCGAGACCUCGUCGCUGGGGCGGCGCCGAUCGUCCAGCGACUACGACGAGGCGGACAGGGAAGGGUUCUUGAUUCCCUUUACCGACUCCACGCCUCGCCAUGCUGCCUUUGCCCUUUUUCUGUUGUACUUCAACCACUUAGGUGUCCUCUGCAAUGGUGUGCGCGUUACAGGAGAGACGGCGGCCUCAUCGUGUCUUGACGGGCUCGACGUGGGCAGCACAACGUGGGGCCUUUGCCCUAAAUACCUGUAUGACGUCCGUGCCGAGGUCGAGCGAAAGCGGCGCGUGACGAGAGAGCUGAGGGAACACCCUGAGAGGACCUUCGCUGGCGGCACGCGCUGGAGCACCACCGCGAGGAACCGCGACGCGGUCGCGGCGGCGUGGACGGCGCUGCUACUUUCGUCGCGAACGGCCUUACUGGAGCGCAUUACGGAGCUCAACCGCCACAUACACAAGCUCCACGACGAAAAGCAGCGUCGGCGGCAUGCCGAUGACCAGGAGAACCAGUGA